CCUCUCCAGCAACACCGAGAUCCAGUUUCCCUUAAGCCGCUCUCGCGCGUUUGUCUGUUCUCGUCGCGUUCGCGUCGUGUCCUACCGAUUAUUUUCUCCUUCCUCCCCCCCUCCCCCGCCCGCGCACGAGAUCGUCGACACGGUAGAGAGCCGCGCGGUAUACACACGAACGUGUCGUCGUAGCACCGAGUGUCCCGCUUUAAAAAGUAAUUGCCCGGUGCCGAGCCCCAGGAUGGCGUUCAACGGAGACGGACCACACUCCAAGAGGCAGCGACUCGAGGAAUCUGGCCACAGGAAUCACGAGUAUGGCGGGUACGGAGACGAGCCACGACGCAAAAGAGAAGACAAUAAUACACCAAAUCACGUUCUCCUCUUCACAAUUAUCAAUCCAGUCUACCCCAUCACUGUGGAAGUCUUGCACACGAUCAGUGCACCCAGCGGGCAAGUUCGGCGUAUCGUUAUCUUCAAGAAAAACGGCGUUCAAGCCAUGGUGGAGUUCGACUCGGUGGAAUCGGCAACGAGAGCGAAGGAGACACUUCACGGAGCAGACAUAUACUCCGGAUGCUGCACACUGAAAAUCGACUUCGCGAAGCCUACAAAGCUGAACGUUUACAAGAACGACGCAGAAAGCUGGGACUACACGACGCCGACGCUCGGAUCGAGUGCACACAAAAAUGACACGACCGGAAAUGGAAGGCCGGCUCCCCUUUUGGCGGAACCCAGAUACGGCGCCGCGCCCCAGCCUUACGGAUCCACGCCACAGGUAACUUUCCCCCCGGGUGCCGGCCACGAUCGUUACGAGGAGAAUUUCAAUGGACCAGCAACGUAUGCGGAGCCGUACGUCGAGCGUUAUGGUAUCAAGAGCGACUUUAGCGGUCGAGAGCCUUUGCAUCCCACGCCGCCACGGCCUGGAUACGUGCCCACCCUGGGACAGACUCCACCUUCGAGCACGCAGGGCUCCGUGAUGAUGGUUUAUGGCCUGCAGCCGGACAAAGUCAACACCGACAAGCUCUUCAAUUUGUUUUGUCUGUACGGAAACGUGACGAAGGUGAAGUUCUUGAAGACGAAAGAGGGUUGCGCCAUGAUCCAGAUGGGCGACAGCAUAGCUGUAGAACGGUGUUUACAGAAUCUGAACAACGUCACGAUCGGGACGGACGGCAGGUUGCAGCUGGGUUUUUCGAAACAGGCUUUCCUCUCAGACGUAACCAACCCCUACAUUCUGCCUGACAAGACAGCGAGCUUCAAGGAUUUCACGGGAAGCAAGAAUAACAGGUUCCUAAAUCCAGCAAUGGCCAAUAAGAAUAGAAUACAGCCACCUUCGAAGAUAGUCCACUUUUUCAACACUCCCCCGGAUUUAACCGAGGAGACCGUGCACCGUGUGUUCGUCGAACGCGGUAUCGAGGCGCCAACGACAGUGAAGCUGUUCCCCCUUAAAUCGGAACGAUCGUCGUCUGGCCUCAUCGAGUUCAGCAGCGUUGGAAUCGCGGUGGCCGCCAUCAUGGAAUGCAAUCACACAGCACUGGAAAACAGCAACGGCAAGUUCCCGUACAUCAUGAAGCUUUGUUUCUCGUCGUCCCGCACCAUACCCACCAGUUUCCCGCCAAGCAGCGGCAGCACAUCGAGCAAUUCCGCCGGUAAUGGCCACGUCAAAAUGCAGCAGGACUCGGAAUAGAACGGCGAGGUCCAGGGCCAGCAGCGUCAGCGUCAGCGCCAGCGUCCCUCUCUCGCCCUGCACCCGUUGUGUGCCCCGACGGGCACGGCCCUGCACCCAGCCGCAGCGAUCACACUUUCCCCGGUUUUACCGCCGCCCGUGCCGCCACCUUUGCCGCCCACCUGCGUCCUGAUCGCCACGCCGACGCUCUAUCCGACCGUGCCGCCGCCGCCGCCGCCCCCGCUGUCUACGUUCUGGCCGUACUGAGGGGAGGAGCGGGCCUAUCCGACGCACGAGGGGCAAGGAACCUCGUCGACGUCUUCUUCUACUCCUCCGCCUCGUCUCGUAACCAUCAUGGCGAAAUGGUUCGCGGACCGCUGGUUGCUGGACAGAUUUUAAUUUCGCGGGUCGACGACCUUAUCGACGCCAGUCCCGAGGACCAACGAGCGAUCGUCGCUUGGGCGCGGUGCUCGGAUGAAUUUCGUGGAUCGUCUCGUCAUCGAACAGGAUGGAACCGGCGCGUCGAACGGCCAGGCUGCUGCUGCAACGAUGGUCAAUCGAGGAUCAUCCCGUCGGCCAAAAAAAGAGUCAGGCGACAACCGAGAGGCAGCAAAUCGUUUCUGAUAUUACACGCCGCUGCUCCGUGUAUCUCUUUAUUAUUUUUUCUUUUCUUUUCGUCUCCUUUCUUCGUUCUUCUGUUUCUUCCUGUUGUUUCGGCGAGGUUCGGGUACAGACGCGUGUGCCAGCGUCAGUAUUAAAUUGUUGAGACGGCGCUGCGAGCCCGACGUUCUUCGCGGUAGCUUCUUUCCUUACGUGGGACGCGCGAGGAUCGAUCGUGAAGGUACCGUCAGUGUAAAUAAUAGCUUCGGGAGAGACCGCCGUCCGAUGGGAGUUCGCCACCCAGGAACUGGACCGACGGAACGGCCACGUUCCGUGGGAAAUCAUCGAGCAACGACUCACUCAGAUUCUCGACUUCCGUUAGAUACAUGUAACUUUCCAUCGUGCAGACAGUAAAAGGCGUACGAAAAUCAGAAAGAGAAUAUCUCCAACUGCUUGGUUGCCAGAAGAUCGCUAGAUUAUAUUAGCGACUUCUAGUUGCAGUUCAAAACCGUGCAGUACCUGAUCGAUCGCUGUUCGACUCGAUCAAACAAGUGGAAUGGCAUUCCACUGUCUCUCAUCGACCAUCGUUAAGAAAGCUCGCUAGUUUCUCCAAACCCUAAAAAGCAUCGUCCUACGGUCGAGAAGCGGUCGACCAGGUUUGUCAAACCUUCGAACAUCGUCCAACGGAAAAGUCGAGGGUCCGAGCGAGCUCUGGUCCCAAAAUCCGGGGCCCAGCCUGUACGACGUUUCGCACGGCGGCGUUUGUUCUCUUCUCCCCCCCAGUGUACGGGCGCGCGUACACGUUACACGUGCACACACACGCACAUGGACAUACACGAACACAACACACAUGCACACGAACACAGUUACACACGAAUUAAAACCGUGAAAGACACCUCCACGAUUUCGAGGCCGAGUGCACCGCGUUCCUCGUUGUCCAUUUCAUGGGAUCCAAUAAAUCGGAGGUUCCUCAUUGACCAUUAGAAAAACUACACGCUGGAUACAGUGUCAAUAGAGAGUGUUCAGAGGAUCUGAAUCAAUUGUGCUCCGAGAACGUUGAACAAGUUUUAUCGAUGCAGCCUACGAACGUGUAUCGCGCGAUUCAACGCCUCCGACUCGCGAGAAUCUUUCCCCUACGCGCGGUUCUUCGAUCCUGUAUGCACACUCGCGUGCACGUUUAUCGCGAGUGGAAAGAAAGAUCAGUUUCGGUUCGACUCUCGAGUAGCUGGGGUAUUUGUUUAUCAUUUGAACUGAAAUUUAAUCGACACACUUUUCACAGGCGAAGACUAGGAAAAAAUGACAUAGAUUUAUGAGUAAGGAAAUUUAGAGUUUGGCAGACUCUUUAUGUCCCACUGGGAACAUAAUACGAAUCAUUUUUAAAUUAAACUAAGAUUAAGUAGAUAUGGUAUCUGCUGAAGAACUUUCAAACAUGGCUGACCACCCGGCUACUUAGGGGACUCUGGAUAACGGCGACUAAUUUUUACUUGGUCACAGGCUUAACGAAACUACUGGCACUUCUUUCCAGGACCGAGGUCUUUCUUUCUGUCUGCAGUAUAUGCAUUUUUGCAUAUAAAUAUGCAUAUUUGCGUUUACCCGUUGUUUGAGAAUUCGAUUUUGCCAGGCUAGGAAAGAACGACGAAGGUGAAGCUUCUCGCGAGUCUCGGCCGAUAGCAAACGAAAGAGAUAGAGAAGAUACGAUAUAAAAAAGAAUGUCGUCAAUGACACGUGUGUUUUGUCGACGAGAAGAAACGAGUAAUCAUCGUUUAUCGUCUCCCGUUGAUUCUUCGAGGAAAGAGAGAAAGAAAGAUUGAAGAAAUAAUAAGAAGUAUCCCUAAAUCCUCCCCCAAGCUGUAGUGUUCAGGUUGCGACGACGACUCGGUUACCCGUGCUUGCUGAAGGACGAAGAGAAACGAGAGAGAUUUUUAAGGAGAAAACGAAGAAAAGACAAGCCGAUCGGAACGAUGGUAAUUUUCACUUCAAGCACCUCGUACACUAUUGAUCAGAUCGCGGACUGUGAAAUGAAUUUUAUAUGAAGACAAUGAAGUCGACGACACACAAUAUAUUAGCGAGUCCCUCGGCAAUAUUUUGUCGGGCCGGGGGACGUUUUUAUAAUGAAAAGGUUUUAGAUCUCCGAUUUAAAAGCGAUAAAAAAAAAAAAGUAAUAAGAUAAAUAAAGUAAACGUUGUGUUUUCGAAGCGAACCAAAUGAUUACUAAAUAAAUAUAGAGACUCGUGACUCGGCCAUACGUAACGUAAGAUAAUAAAGAGAAAAAAAAAAAAUGAGCUACGUUACAUCCCCCUCCCCCUCUGCCCCCCCUCUUUAAGAUGCGUGAAAAUAAUCCGCCACUUUUGUCCAUUGAUAAUCGUGAGAGAGAGAGACCUAAACAAAAUGAGAUAUAACUUAAAUAAGCAACAAAAAAAAAAAAUGUUUAUAUUCGAGGCAAUAUUUGUUACAAUACAACUAUAGAGGAUAAGUUGUAUACCGUUAAGGGGCUCAGUACACAAAGCGAGGAUCCUUGUUGAUUGCCGUAAUAAGAAUGGUGAAAAAAAAAAAAAGGGAAAAUGAUAAUUAAAUAAGAGGACGAAAGGAUGAUGAGACAACGUACGAUCUGUAACCGACGAAAAUAUACACGUUGUGCGUUGCUGCUGACAGUUUCGGUUAAAUAGAAGCUUAUCGAUCGUAAUAAAGUGAUAUAUAAUAAUAUAUAUCGACGCGAGAGAAACAAUGGUACUAAGCUAAGGAAUUAAGAAGAAAAUAAAAAUGAUAAACAAACAUACAAAUUAAAAAAAAAAAAGAAGCAAAGGUGCACACCGAAACGAUGUGCUUCGAUGAUCGUUAACGUUCAUCUGUCGUUUAUUGUUUUCGAUUCCUGUUCACGAUUGUGUUCCGUUCCACGGUUAAAUAGAUUAAAUCGUUUUUUUUUUUUUCAUUCUUCGUUCUAUUAAGCCUCCGACGCGGAGGACUGUAAAAUUGUUCUUACAUCACAUUCUCAUAUUUUUAUUAUCGAUAAGAGCCGUCUAUUAAUAUUACUAUUAUUAUAAUUACGAUUAUUAUUAUUAUUAUUAUUAUUAUGGUUAUUAUCAUUAAUUAUUAUUAAUUUUCGCUGUUGCGUAACUACAUAUACGAUUGUAACAGUAUAGGUUUCACGGUAGAGUAAUGACACAUCACGUUUUAAUCCGACGAACCUGGGAAAUUUCGUUUCAUAUAGUGAGCAGGACCUAACGCGUAAGGUAUAAAAAAAUAAGUGAAAAAAGAUGUAGGUAUAAAUAAGCAGCUAGGACUUGUAAUCAUAUCAUAACGUUUUGUAGAUAAUAUUAUAUGUGAUCUGCGGAGUAUGGCGUUUAAAUCAAGAGUGUAUCGUCUCGUAAUUCGUGUGCUGAUACAUGACAAGAAUGUAGUAGAAGAAUCCUUGUUCGAACGCGAGUCGGACUCCGAUUUCUGUUUCCUUGUCGUUUUUUAGGCGAUCGAAGCGAGAACGCAAUUCAAUCCUCGGCUAACACGUAAUUCUUUGAGAACGAAUCUGCAGCGUAGAGAGAGGCACUCGAUUAACCAGGUCCUUUUUUACCUCUUCUUUUAAAUCGCGAGAAUUAGACAUCGAUUUUUCGACUUUCAUAACGCUUCAGCAUACGUGUGUGAUAGUAUUCGUAAAUCCAUAAUACGUGCCCAUUCCUGAUUAUAAUAUUCCAUGGUGACGAGACGAGCGAAACGAGGCUGAGAAACGAACCGGGAUAGCAAACGAAAUAAAGACGAAGGAUAGGACGGAUGCACCUUCGUUUUUGAGGAAUUAUCUAUAAUUGUAGACGUCUCGUUUCGCUAGGGAAUAGAGAGCUGAUACGUGUAUCUUCGGCUGAACGAUGCCCUCCUGAUGAAAAUCCCCGCUCCAACGUGUGGGUGUACAGUAGGUACACGUUACGAGAACAAAAGAGUGACAGAUAGACGUAAAAAUGAAGUAAGAAAGAUGCAA